AUUUUAGGGUCAAUGCAAAAUGAGCAUCUCAUAUAUCAGUGUUUUACCUUUGGAGCAAUCACUUGAAGUUGUCUUCAUGAAGUACACACAUUCUCAGAAAUGUUUCCUGAUAACUGAAUAUCUAACACAGCUUUAACUCUGCUUUUGCAAGCAUAGACCGCUGUUAUCACAACCCCAUUGGUUGCACAAGUCUUAGUGGAAAAAAACAACAACUCUGGCUUUCACAUUUCUUCAACUAGUCGACCUAAUCUGGAUGUGCUGUUGGUGAUAAAGGUCAAACGUUCAAGACCCAAAGGAAACACGAGUUCAAGGCUUGAAUAAUUAUUGUGGUCUGGACUCUUCUGCUUCUUAAUGUUACGCAGUAGAAAAUCUGAACAUGUGUUUUCUUUCUAAAUAGACUUUUUUUUAUUCUGAUCUUCUCCAUAUAAAGCUGUUUUUCUCAAGUUAAAAAGCAGAACUUUUUUCAGAUAGUGCUAUAAUGUUUGCACUGGGAACCCCGUUUUAAGGCACAUUAUAUAUUUACAAGUCCUUCUAAUAUUUUUUUAAGCAUUAAUGGCACUGACGGAUCUCCUCUGUAAUCAUUCACCACCCCCUGCGGAGUUGAAGUGCAGGUCGGAGUCAGGACAGACGUGGUGUGACUGGGUGGUAUGAUUCAGUGGCCAGGGUGUCUGUGAGGAAGGUAACUGUGUGCUAUUUGAGGACAGGAGGGGGGGGAUUUGAACUUUCUCCUGUAUUUACCUAAAAAAACGAACGAUGUGUGCAGCUCCGCGGAAAAAAAAAUCCUGUGUUAUUAAUCAUGCAUCGAAAGAAUAUGUUUGAUUUUUGCUCAUUUAAAACUGCUUUCAUGAGGUGAACCUGCAAAAUAACCCCCACUAAAAUAAGCCUCCUUCUGCACUUUAUGUCACUGUAAAUACUUUGAUUUGGAUCAAGAACACAAAAACUUAAAGAGCUUUUGAGAUUCUAUAUCCCAACACAAUAUCAAUAUAUUUCAUUUGUUGAAGCGAUGUGUUAUCACGUGUUUCCUGAUGUGUAAAUCUGGUUGAAAAGUCAAAGUUGCACAAUUUUGGUCUAACUAUUGAGUAACUUAUUUUAUGGGUCAAAGUGUCAUCCUCAUGAACCGGCGAGAACUUAUCUGGUGUUAUCAUUAUCUCUCUGACAGGCCGUCUUGCAUAUAUGAUGAUUUCUGUCUUCAUAAUCUAAUGUGCAAAUAAAUGUAUCAAUAAAACCUACUCAACCUUCAUAGGAUCUUUCUGUCUUUAUCCUGUUAAAUAUAAUAAUCAUAUCAUUUAUAUGAGUGGCUGCAGACUGUUUGAGUGUCAGAGGGGACGUCAGUAUGUACUCAUAAAACCCCCUACAGGCUGAAAUCUUCUAACGGGGGCUGCAGACGAGCACUUGACUGGAGCUGUCAAGUACAUGCCAAACAGCAGCACAGAGCAGAGCCAGACAAAUCCAUCUUCCUGGAAAGUUUUGAAGCUCUUGACAUGUUGACAGAAGUCAACAACCUCCAGGGGUGUUAGGGACGGGGUCUUUGUGUAAGCCCUCCUGUAGUUAAACAAACAGCUGCAGGUGUGAGUUGUCUUCGGAUGGAAUUCAUCUAAACACACUGACGCUACACAUCUGUAACCACUGUGGAUCUUCUCUAUGGGACUGUAGGUGUUUUUCAAUCAUCAUCUUUACCAGAGGAUUGGACUUCUACGCGUUUAUUUCAAAGACAUAAUGAGUGUCAAAGAAGAUUCAAUGAAAAGCAAUGGCGUGGCAGUCAUGAAUGGUAAUCCUGAGAGGGUCCUUACCAAAAACUCCUCAAAGGACUCUUGCAUCCUCAAUGGAAAUGUCCCAUGUGUGGAGCUCAGUGCAGCGUCAGACUCAGAGAACAAGGAGUCUCAUCCUCCCAGUAACUCUGGAACUCAUGAGAAUGGAGCUGCGGAGGGACUUUCAGAUCUGGCUCCAGCUGAUGAGCUAUGGAGCACCAGCAGAGAGAAGGGGGUCAAGCUGAGGCUAGAGGCCUCUGGACCUGGCUCGGAGACUCCCAUCACCAUCCAUCAGAUGUUCAAGAAGACAGUGGAUACGUACGGGGACCAUCCAGCCUACGCUUUCAAAAAAGAGGGUCAAUGGGUGAAGGUGACAUGGAAGCAGUACUAUGACCAGUGCCGGGCAGCAGCAAAAAGUUUCAUCAAGUUGGGCUUGAAGCGAUACCAUGGUGUAGGGAUUUUGGGUUUCAACUCCCCUGAGUGGUUCAUUGCAGACAUCGCUGGCAUCUUGGCCGGGGGCCUGACAUCUGGAAUUUACACCACCAACUCCCCAGAGGCUUGUCACUAUGUGGCUGCCAGCUGUGAGGCCAACAUCCUGGUCGUGGAAAACCAGAAACAGCUCGAUAAAAUCCUGCAGGUUAAAGAUCAACUGCCUCACCUGAAAGCUAUUGUCAUGUAUAAAGGCGAGCCACAGCAGAAGGCACCAUUCCUGUAUACAUGGGAAGAGUUUAUGAAGCUGGGAGAGGAUGAGCCAGAUAAGAAACUGGAUGAUAUAAUUAAAAGUCUGAAGCCAAACGAGUGCUGCUCUCUCAUCUUUACCUCUGGAACCACUGGCAACCCUAAAGCAGUCAUGUUGAGCCAUGACAAUCUGACAUGGACAAGCAAUCAAGCAGCUGUCACAUUUGAUAUAAACUACGCUGAAGAAGUAACGAUCAGUUACCUGCCACUCAGCCAUGUGGCCGCCCAGAUAAUUGACAUUUGGCUGGCUAUUAGCUUCGCCACCACUACCUACUUUGCAGACCCAGAUGCCCUCAAAGGCUCCUUAGUAAACACGAUGAAAGAGGUUCGUCCAACUUGUUUCCUUGGGGUUCCUCGUGUGUGGGAGAAGAUGCAGGAGAAGAUGAAAGCUGUGGGGGCCAAAGCAUCCCCAAUGAGGAGGAAUGUGGCAAGUUGGGCCAAAUCCAUAGGCCUGCAGUACAACUACAGCAUAAUGAAUGGGGAGAAUCUGGUGCCGUGGGGAUUCACGUUGGCUAAUGCUCUGGUGUUCAAAAAGGUGCGUGCUGCACUGGGCUUAGACCGCUGCAAACUCUGCCUCACAGGCGCUGCCCCCAUCACUAAAGAUACCUUGGAGUUCUUCCUGAGCCUGAACAUCCCUUUGUUGGAGCUCUACGGCAUGAGUGAAUGCACUGGCCCACAAACCCUCUCCUUGAACCACCAAUACUGCAUCACAAGCUGUGGAAAGGUAAUCCCAGGCUGCAAAACGAAACUAGUCAAUCACGAAAUGGAAGAGAGUGGAGAGAUCUGUUUCUGGGGUCGACACAUCUUCAUGGGCUACCUGAACAUGCCGGACAAAACUGCAGAGGCGCUUGAUGAGGACGGCUGGCUGCACUCUGGAGAUCUUGGGAGACACGACCAGAAAGAAUUCCUCUACAUCACAGGAAGGAUCAAGGAGCUGAUCAUCACAGCGGGUGGAGAGAACAUCCCUCCUGUACCUAUUGAAGACGCACUGAAAGCCGAGGUUCCCAUCAUCAGCAACACCAUGCUGCUGGGUGACAGGCUCAAGUUCCUCUCCAUGUUGAUCACGCUCAAAUGUGUCCUAAACGAGAACGGUGAGCCCACAGACGAGCUGAGCCCCGAGGCUUUGGACUUCUGCAAGCAGAAUGACGUCAAAGCGACAAAGGUGUCAGAGAUCAUAGCCAAUAAGGAGCCAGCGAUCUACACAGCCAUUCAGGAGGGUAUUGAGCGCAUCAAUGCCAAAGCAACUUCCAACGCCCAGCGGGUCCAGAAGUUUGUCAUACUGGAGCAAGACUUCUCUAUCGUAGGAGGAGAACUUGGACCCACUUUGAAGCUGAGGAGGCCCAUUGUUGUGAAGAUGUACCAGAAGACAAUAGACGAAAUGUAUCCGGAGGCGAAACAAUAAACUGUGCUGCACUUAAAAGAGACGGUUCUCAGGAAGUUGACUGCAGGUUUAUAAACACUCUUUGUUGUCGAGGUGUCAUUUUGAAAAAUGUAUAAAAUCAUUUUUCACCGGGAUGUUAAAAGUGCAAACUAAAAAAAAAAUAAUGAUUCUGAUUGUGUUGUAUUAAAUGCUUUGUUUCAAUAUGACACAUUUCUGUUGUCUGUCUCAAAUCGGUAUUUAAGCUGUGAAAUGUUCAUACUCCUCCACAGCAGUAAAGCACAUUGGGUAAAUAAAACAACUCAAUCAGAACCAAUAUCUUGCCACUUUAUUUAAUGUCGUACACAGGUGAAGUGUCCAGAACACACAGGUUGGAAACACUUGAUUGUGUCAGUUAUUAUUAUUUACAGAAGUACAUUUUUUUACAGUUUUUAAGGCAAGUUCUGGGAAACAAAGUUUACUGUUUUUUAAUUUCAUAAUAAUGUGCAUAUUAUCCGUGAAGCAGCAUUAUGUAUUUAUUUUCCUUUUGACUGUACAACACAAUAUUGUCUUUAAAGGAUUUUACAGCAUUCAUUUCCGAUCUCCAACCUCAUGUUGUGUACGAAAGACGAUCCUAAACUUAAUUAAUUAAAAAUUAAUAUUCAGACAUUGCCAUUUAAUUAUUGAAUGUAAUGUUUGAAUGAGUGUUUGAUAAUGUAAAGAGAAAACGACCAAAAUGAUCUUAAUAAGUGCAGUACCAAGACUGUGCAACUUGUAAAGCACAACUCAUACUUCUCCGUGUACAGUUAACAGAAAUAUGUUUAUUAUCGUAUGAGAUGUUCCAUGAUUGACAAUAAAAAAAGUGAUUUGGAUUAAUAAAGAAAUUAUUCAUGUU